CACCGCCAGCAUCGUUGAGUUAGUCGGCAACAGGCUAUCGGCACUAGGCCCUGUUGCCUGUCCAUGGUUCUGGCGACGAUGGCUGCGAUGGGAAAUAUAAAUCCCCGGGGCGAGAUGCUCUGGUUUUGCGAGUCAGAUCACACCCACACACUUCAGGAUGACGGAUAUUCUAUCGCUCCCAAACGAAAUCAUCCAUCGGAUCGCGUAUUAUGCCGAUCGUGAUUCAUUGCUGAGUCUGCGGCUGGUUUGUCGAGUGCUAAGCGUUGCCAGCAAGCAAUGGCUUUUUCGAUCUACCUGCGUCGUGCCGACAGAUGAGAGCUGUGAGAGGCUGGAGAAUAUCCUGGAUGAUUCAACGCUCGCCUCCUGCAUCACGAAGGUGUAUCUGGAUACCACUAAGUGGGAUCAUAAAAUUGAAAUCGACGAGUACGACAAUGACGAGGAAGAAGAGAUUUUCCUUCCUCGACGAUUUAGUAAAUUCUUCGACCGACUGAAGGAGCUUCCCAGACUGCAGGGCGUUGUGCUGCGGUUUGCACAUGAGUGCUAUGGACAGGAAUCGCUUGAUUCCUUGGACUAUUGUGACCAAGAGCCCCCCUUCCGUCACAGCGUUAUGAAGUCAUUUAUGAAAGCAUUGGCCUCGCUGCCCCAACCUAUCAGGGAACUAGGCAUCCGUGACCUGCAGAAUAUCAACGAGACAGAUGAAGAGGUUUUUAGGGAUAUCAAGAAGGUCCUGGCAGGUCUUCACACGCUGCGGCUGAACGUCACCAACGAACAUAGUGAAGGAAACGGCGAGAACGAUCUAGAGCAAGACGAGCCGCACAAGUUCUUCCCAGAACUUUCGUCCUUUUGGCUGCAGCCAACUUUAGCAAACCUGCAACAUCUGACCAUCUACUCGAGCAACUAUUUUGGCUUCUAUCCGAAAUUUGACCCGAGAAAACUCCAUUUCCCACACCUGAAGACUCUUGCUUUGGGUAACCAUGCCUUUGUCCACGACUCUCAGCUUAGCUGGAUUCUCUCGCACGCUGACACACUCACCGAGUUGUAUCUGGACGACUGCCCUAUCCUCUAUGAAGUCUCAAUUUACGAUAAAGAACGGACAUUCUUGGACCCUGCCUGUUUCAUCUCGGUAGAAGGCCUAGGAGACAAGGGGCACUCAAAGUAUGAAAAGCGCUGGUAUGACUACUUCAACGCCUUCAAAGACGGACUAUCCCAUCUGCGACACUUUCGGUUCGGGCAUUGCCCGCAUUGGUGGGAAGAUGACAGCACUCCUUUCGAGCAGGAGCAAUUCAUUCAGGUCAAUCUGCCGGAAGAUAGGUAUAUGGUGUUUUCCGAUGGGCUUGGGCCUACUCCGUACACGAAGGCGACGCAUUAUUAUGACGGUCCUGACGGGGAGCGUCCCGACUGCUUUAAUGAGGAUAAGAAGGCGCUGGAAAAGCUGUGUGCGAAACUGGGACAAGAGAUUGAGGAGGACGAGUGGUAAUCAGGGUAUGCCGCAGGGACAAUGACGGGACGUUUAUGUGAUUGAACUGCCCUAUGGCUGGGCGAAUAGUGCCCCUACGACAGUGCUUAUCGGGGCAACGACUCAAUAUAGUACAUCAUAAUUUUCGGAUUUUUACAUGU